AUGCCAACCCGCUUUAAGAAGACUCGUCACCAGCGUGGUUCCACGUUCUGCGGCUAUGGUCGCGUUGGCAAGCACCGCAAGCAUCCCUCCGGGCGCGGUAACGCCGGUGGCCAGCACCACCACCGCAUCAACUUUGACAAGUACCACCCCGGAUACUUCGGCAAGUGCGGCAUGAACCACUACCACCUGAAGAAGAACGCUCUGUGGAAGCCGACGAUCAACCUGAACAACAUCACGAAGUUGAUCGCCAAGGAUGAGGCGCUGAAGGCGAAGAAGGGAGAGGCCUUGCCCGUUGUUGAUCUCCUGGCAAACGGGUACUCGAAGCUGCUUGGCAACGGCCACCUGCAGGCCCCUUGCAUUGUGAAGGCCCGCUGGGUGAGCAAGCUUGCCGACAAGAAGAUUCGCAAGGCUGGUGGUGCCGUGGUG